UUGCCUCUUUCCAGAGAAGAAAAGAUGUUUGAUACUCUUGGACUCAUCUGCAUGAUUUGGUGGUAUAUGAUGCUAUUUCAUCCCUUGCAUGCUGACAUCCAGUGUACGAGGUCAGAGGCACGAGAAUCACCUAUUAGAAAUGUGAAAAUGAAUUGGAGAAAAAUGGAAUUGUCCUGGGAGAGCAGCCAGAAUUUCUCUAAGUACAAAUGUACCAUCAUGGACAGGGACAUGGAAUUUAUAGUUAAAGAGGUGAAUAUUUCACUGUGCAGGUUUCCAGUGAAACAAUACGUGCCUCUGCACAAAGGGUUAUUCUUUACCAUUGAAGUGCCAGACACGAACAUCUCAGAAAACUGCAUCUUUAUCCCUGGAGGCAUGAAUGGGUCAGCCAUUGAAAACUUCUCCUGUGUGAUUUAUAACAUUUCCCUCAUGAAGUGCUCUUGGCAGGCAGGCAGGGAUGCUCCAGGAGAUACCCAAUAUUUUCUCUACUGGAAGAACUCAAGAGAUGGUGAUGUGAUGGAAUGUGAGCUUUACAUUAAAGAUGAAAAUGGAAGAAACAUGGGAUGUAGAUUCCAAAAUGUGACAAUAGAGCUUGAAAAAGCUUACUUCCUGGUGAACGGGUCUAGCAAAGAAACACCGAUCCAGUUCUAUGAUGAGUAUGUUGAACUGUAUCAAAUUGAAACACUCACUCCUCCAUUAAAUGUCACUGUCAAUUGUACCAGAGAUUCAGCAGGUUGCAUAAUUACAUGGCAACCACCUCUUACAAGUCAUGUGGAAAAUACAGAGUGUUUUCAGUAUGAAAUUAGCAUACAAAAUAAGGAUGAGCCCAAAGAAGAGAAAAAGGAUCCUCCUGUAAGAGUAAGGAGCAACAGAUAUGAAUUCCAAAAUUACAAUGAGAAAAAAAAAUACAUCCUGAAAAUCAGAGCACGCGGAAAAUACUGUCUCAUAAGCUCAAACUGGGGGGAAUGGAGUGAACCCAUUGAAUUUGGUCGAGGGAAAGAUUACUUUAUUUUUGUGAUUUUAUUCCUGAUAGCAGUUGGAACAAUCUCAGUGACACUGCUCCCAUACUGUCUUUUCAAGAGGUAUUGCAGUUUGAAGAACAUAUUUUCUCCCAUACCUCAACCGAGAGACAAAUUUAAUGCAUCAACAGAUGAAGAUAUCCAGGCAGAAUACGUAAAUCUACCAAAAAAGAGUUGUACUGAGGAGAUAACUAUGGUUGAAGAGAUGACCUAACUUUCCAAAAAGACACACUUGGAUUCCCCAACAUGAAAGGAAACCAUGGAUCUUCCUGACAAGUAGUUCAAACCACACUAGAAAUUAAUAUAAUCACCUGUAAAACUAUUUGUCCCAUCAAAAUCCACCUAAAACGGAGCAGGGGAAAGAAGUGGAGAAAAUUAGUAAAAUUUGUUCUUUUCCCUUUGUUGGGAGACACAGCACCCGGUAGCUAAGCUUUUCUGCAAAUGCCUACUGUGAAGACUUGCUUAAACCUUGCUGAGAUUUUCUUCACAAGACAAAGCUCCUCAUCAAAAACAAAUAAACUUGCUAUUUCCCAUCUUCACUGUUAUGAGGCUUCUUUCCUCUGAAUUUCAUUUCCUAUAGGACAAGAGGACUCAUUAAGAAUGCCGGAGUAGUUAAUUUUCCCAGCUUAUAAUUUUUAUAUAUUUUCUGAACCUAAAUAGAAUAACUUGCUAUUUAAAAUUGCCCUUCAACCUUGCAACCAGCAAUACCAAACUGUCAUAAUAUAUUCAAUAAAUUUUAUGCAAAACAGAAAACUGGAAAUGACAUUUGCCAAAAGUAACUUAAUGCUGAGCUGCCAGUCAGCUAUUUCAUGAGCUCGGUAUUUCCAAUGCAAAUGUGAACCUCUACAAUACGGAAUUAAGUCACAGAUAUUAAAUCAUAAAAAAAAACCACAAAAACCAAAAAACACUAACAGUUGUGAGAAUUGGAAUAAAAUCUGUAAUCAGAUUUAAUAACUGGAUUUUAAAUGUAAAGAUCUCCUCAUACCAAUGCAUUUUCUUUAUUCCCUUCAAAUACAAGCCCUAUUUGCAAUGCCUGUUAAAAAUAAUACACUUCAGAUGCCAGAAUUUUCUUCCACAAAUUCCAGAUCUUUUCCUGUUGUUAAUUUUUCAAAAUAAGUACAUUUCAACAAGUGUUUCAAUAAGGGAGGAAAAAAAAAUGCUGUUUUUUAAAAGUCUCAUUUAUUGUUUGCCUCAUGUUCCCACACUGCAUAAUCACACAUUGAAAAUUGCUGCUGCAUGACUAAGGGAAGCCAUAUACUUUAAAAAAAAAAAAAAAAUGAACACCAAGUAGUACAUGCUGAACGCACAGCAUAAGUAAAUUGCAGUUCGGCUUAAAAACACACCUACACUUGCAUUGAUUUGCCUAUUUCUUCUGGUGAAAGUCUAGUUCUGGAAGAGAGGGGGUAAAUGGAGUGAAAAAUGUCCUCUCCCUUUCAGAGGCUGCUCAAGUAAUCGUCAUGUUUGGUUCUCCUUCACACAGCUUGGGCCAUCAUACACUCACAGUGAGGUUAGGUGAGGUAUCCUAUCAUCAUCUCUACCUUUCAAGCCACUC